GUUCCAUCUAUCAGCAAGACUUCCCAUUACAUUCAGUACAUCAUCAAUCCUUACUCUUACAAAUAAAAAAAGAAUGGCGAUGAUUCCAAGUUUCUUUGGCAAUCGAAGGAGUAGCAUAUUCGAUCCUUGCUCUGUUGACCUUCGGGAUCCUUGCAAGGACUUCCCUUUCUCUUCUUUUUCUUCACUCGCCGCCAUACACAACCCAGAAACCUCUGCAUUUGUCAACACCCACAUCGACUGGAAGGAAACCUCGGAGGCCCAUGUCUUCAAGGCUGACCUUCCAGGGCUCAAGAAAGAGGAAGUGAAAGUCGAGAUUGAAGAUGACAGGGUGCUUCAAAUCAGCGGAGAGAGGAAAGUUGAGAAGGAAGAGAAGAAUGACAUGUGGCACCGAGUUGAACGUAGCGGUGGCAAGUUCAUGAGGAGAUUCAGGCUGCCGGAGAAUGUGAAGAUGGAUCAGGUUAAGGCUUCCAUGGAAAAUGGGGUUCUUACUAUUACUGUUCCUAAAGAGCAAGUGAAGAAACCUGACGUCAAAGCCAUUGAGAUUUCUGGUUAAAAUCUUUGAUGUGCUUUUUCUUUGGGUGCAAUUAUGUAUUAUUGUAUACACCUAUUAAUACUGUAACCUAAUGUUCUUUAUUUAAAUGUAACUGUGCCUUCGUUUUCUCAUCUUCAAGACUCUUUUCAGUUCUGUUUCAUCCCCCAACUUUUUAAUAGAUAAGAAUUGUUAGAUUUCAUGUUUUAAACUUCCUCCAGUUCCAGUUGGCUGUGGUGUAAAGGUUCUUGAUGCAUUUAAUCAUAAGAAAGAGAUUUCAAUUUCUCAUUCAAGUUGAAAAAUAUUGUACAUAUGAAUACCCCAUUGAAGGGAACAUAUCGUUGGACAGAGGGGAUGAUGUUAUUGAAGUCACUACAUAUAUGCAGAAGUCAGACACAGACGCAGUAUCAGGAUCAAGACCUGCAGAACAGAAGGCAGUUGACAAUAAACCUGGUAUUACACAAUAUGCCGUGGACAAGGCACAGAAUGCAGUUGACAGUAGGCAAGGAACUGAACAAAAUGUAGUUGAUAUUGCAAUAGUAGUAUUACACCAUAAAUUGUAAUAGGAAUCAUGCUGAAAACAAGAGUGACAGAAGUCUGGAAACGGCAGAACUAGAAGGAGAAAUAUCAUAUACAGCGCUCUAAGAAGAAAACAAUUACGCAAUCAUCACAUGUCCAAUAAUCCAGGAGCAAAUUAAGCGUAGUACCAUUGGAAGCUUUGGUCGAAGGAUCAUAUUGUAUUUAGAUUUUGUCUUUCAUUGUAUACAAUACCGUCAGAAGAAUUUCCCUAAUACAGAGCUUCUUCAUCAAAUGUACAGGCCAUAUAAAUCUUUAUUUGACAAGUUUUAACAAGUGAAAUUUCUGAUUUUGGCUUGAUUU